AUGGAUUGUGGUGCUGUUCAAGCCAUGGUGUUCCAAAGCGAACAUGUGCACACAUGGUUUGCAUACUCGGUCGUGCAUGGCGGUGAGGGGCAGAGAAAGCCGAGGCAAGCCAUGGGUUGCCAGAACAGGGAGUGGGUGAAGCCGUUAGGGGUUGCAAUAGGCCAGUGGUGUGCAGCAAGGCGGCGCAGCCAUUGGCGGUGGGCAGAGCACAUCUGCUGUCUGCUAUCAAAUCGGCUCGCAGACACCCUGGUCGGGAAGUCGGGUCAGUGCGCCGCCUCCCUGCACGAGGGCGUGUCGUGGAUGGCUCCGCUCAGCGGAGACGCAGAUGCAGAUGGAGUCGAGUGGACCAUGUCGCGCUACUACUACUCUACUACUGAUGCUUCCCUGUCCUUCCUCGAGUCCAUGUCUGAUAUACCCCAAAAGCCGCGUGCUGCUCACUUCGCCCGUCAACGUCGCAACCAGCGCUGA